AUGACAGUCAUUUCCUAUCACUCAACGCUCUUCAGCGACGUGGCCACCUUGCCAGGGGCCGCCGACAAAACGUCGUCUCACAUCUUCCUCUCGCGGGGCGUCGCGGGCGCAGAAUCCGAUUCGGCGCCUUGCUCGCGCUCGACGAGUCCGGCCAUGGUGGCGUCUAUCUUCGAGUCGGAGACUACACAUAUCAUGACAUUAGCGCCCGCUGCGUCCAGGAGUCAGAUUGGGUCUAUGGAUGGUGUUAAUGAUAACGGGUCGAUCCGGAUGAACGCGGGGGAUGCAGAUGUGUCGGAUAAAGCUAUCACCAAUGAAGAUCCAAAGGCAAAGGAGUCUACUGUAUCACCGCUCCUAAGCCGCAAGCGUCCUUUCAUAGCCGAUGUCGAAGAUGAAAGUGUCCCAGAUUGUCACUCAAAGCGAACUCUUUACAACCACGAAGAUAAUGAGAGAGGCAAGAAAAUCCAGCGUGGUAGGACUAUGGAAAGAGGAGCGAGAUUUCCAAAUCCUCUAGCACGAGCUGAGUCGAGACCUCAGAGAGCAGAUCCUGCAAUCGGAAUCGACGCCAGACCAAUAGAGAAGCGUGGAUUGAGUCGCAGUAACACCUUUUUUGAAGAUCCGGCUGAUCCAUGUGCGGUCUUGGAAGACUCACUGCUUGAGCCGUGCCCACAAAUACCACUGUCCAACUCCGUGGACGAGGUCCUCAACUCACCUUGCCCUGCAAAUAUCAUCGGCCCAAUGAAGUCGAAUACGUGGGCCAUAUCAGACAGGAGGUUGAGUGAGAGGGAUAUUCAUCGUCCAGCUCGAGCGCUGACGACUGUCUUGAACGACUGUCAGCUUCAAUAUCCUGCUCCGCUACCAACUAUCUCGCCAAUUGCAUCCACUAUGACUAAGGUCAACAGUCCGCCAAACCAGCCAGUAGUGCCACUUGCUCUUCACCUUCCAACCGAGAUUGUGCAGCAAAUCUUCAGUAAUCUAUCACCCGUAGACUUCAAUUCUGCUAGACAUUCUUGCAGGUCCUGGUUCAUCAACAGUUUGAAUAAGUCUCUGCUAGAAACAAUGCUCAGACGAGGAGGCUUCUCAAGCAGCUUGACAAGCGAUUCUCCAGGCGACCGCAUUACGGAGUCUAGCACGGUACACAAUGAAAUCUGGCUUAUGAGUAAGCUACUUUCACGAGAAUGUGCUUUGGGUCCAGACUGGCUGGGAAAUGGCAUGUCUAAUCUGAAGACAGAGGAUACACAGUCAUUAGCAUUUGUGAAUGUAAGCUCAGUUGAUUUCACAGAAGUUGCCGUACACUAUCCAGGACCCGACUCCGCUGGUACGGUUUUCACCAUCAGCACUUGUGGUAGGUUUUUGAUGGCGGCGAACGGAUGUUUGGUCUAUAUUUACGAACUGAAUCGUCACCAUAGACCAGAUUUUCCGAAGCGGUCUGGUCAUUUACUUCCAGUCACGAGUAUCAUUUGUCCCCGUCGGGUCCUGGCCUGCAGUAUGGAUACAUCCUCUCAUCGGUACGCCAUUGCCAUCUUGUUAGACGGACGGAUGGGUCUCGUCUGCGACAUCACAACAAUCACACGCCAUACUGGCUUUGAGGCUGGCACGCCUGCUGGCAAUACCACUAUGAGGACGCUCUCAGGAUCUGGAACUUCUGGUCAGAAUUUCUCUGAGGGUGCACGCAUGCAGGGGACCUCUUUUCUGGAUCGAGUCUCGCUUAACAGCUCAUCUUCAACAUCUCAUGGAGAUCGUGUAUCUCCUGAUCCGCCAUUUGUAUUUCCAGGUAUAGCUACCACUGGAGCUUCAUUUACGCCUAACCGUGAAUCAGAAUGGCAAGACGUCUUCCGGGGUGACAUGCCAGAGUCUUCACGUACGGCGGGACCAAGCUCGCGUCAUGCUUCUCUUCCCCGUGCUUUUGUAGUUGGCCGUGACGGUCAGUUACAGGAGUUCACUGCUUCUCCUCAGGCUAUAGAGUCAAGCAGUAACGCCCUACGCGUAGAGGAUGGUCCGCGUUCGUUAUAUCGCAACCUGUGUUCUGAUGAUGAUCCUCCUCGUUCGGUGGCUAUCUGUCCUCAGAGACGCUGCGUAGCCUUUGGCUGCUCGUCAGGCAUUGAACUUCAUUGGGUAGAUGCACUUACAGGACAAGAUUUAAACAGAUGGUUUCCGCUUACCGCGCCGAGUGACUACUUGUUCUUUUUGCCACCAAGAAAAAGGAUUGAUUCUGCAAAGAAGCUGAGAUUGAUCAGCAGUGCUGCUCGCCCCAGUGAGAGACCUGCCAUCUCCGAAAGAUCUUUUGGCUCCCAGGCAUGGAGCAGUCCCUUUUGGGAAAGAUUUGGCUGGGGAGCCAACCACUACGUUGAAGGAGACGAUGCUCCAUCAGCUCAAGGUAUUUUGACAAGACUGAGAAUAGACACGGGCAGGAGCUCACUCACGGGAAGAAUGGACUGUUCAGAUCACUAUCGUGCAGUUCCUCUGAGCGACGGUUACCAUAUUCUAUUCACCGACCCAGCUACAGGACUGCUCUGUCUGGGUAGUGAUGCCCCUGUAGGAGGUCCAACAAAAUUGCUGCGUAAGAUUUGGUUCAAAGGACCAGAUGACUCACGAGCUCCUAUUGUAUACGCGGCUGGUUCAGACUUAAGCUGGGGGGUGAGAGUUGUGGCAGGUUUUGGCAGCAGCUCAGAGCAGUCGAUUUGGCUUUUCUCGGUACCAAACGAUGUCUUUACUGCCAAUCAAGGUACGCAACCGGGAUCUUCGACGCCGGCAUGGUUUUCACCUAGUUCGAGUCGCGAAACCAAGAAUACGGAUUGGAUCCAAUGGUGGCCCGAUGAUGGAUUGCAAGAGUGGCUUAAUCAUGUACAAGAUCCAGUCCCUGGCAUCCUUCCACGAAGCGUCUGGCCUGUCAAGAUCAGAGGCCAGAAGAUUGGGACCUGUAGUGGAUUGGUCGACUUAGCUAUUGACUCUGGACCUCAGAUGUCUAUUUGGGCUUUCAGCAAAGGUGGAUUAGCUACCAUAUGGAAGCUCGAUGACGGGAGACACGAAGGGGUCAAGGAAUUAUGGGUUCAGCGAGACGGUACAGUCCGUCAAAGCGAUGGAGAUGGUGACAUUGAGAUGGCCGACGCCUUUCCACCAUCUCCAACUGCCCUGGCUCCUGAAUCUCCAUUUCGACAGCAGUCUUUUGAUGGUACUUCGACUCCCACCAGUCCCUCUGCGGUUGUCACCACUCGAUGCGAACGACGACAUCGUAUUGAGUGGAGUCAACAUAUGAUCCGCUAUGAUACUGAUGGAGAUGAAUCCUCUGAAGAGGUUACUUAUGAGAUUGGCGAAUCAUUUAGCCGCCAACGAGGAUGGCGGUCACGUCGAAGUCACAGAUUGCACAUGAGAGAUGUUGUGGAGGAAUCGACGGGCAUUGCGAGGAUUGAUGUUGAGAUCCGGUGAUGGUUUGAGAUGGAGAUAUUGGAAUAUUAGAUGCGGCGUGAUGGAUAGACAUUAAGAUACCCAAAUUGUGUGAGAGGAGUGAAAUACCUAGGUACC